GCUGAGCCUCUGAUCAGACGCACCAAUUGGAAGGAGCUGCGUUCCGCUCUCAGGCUGUCACAGUUACUUUCGGUUUGCGUGACUGGUGGAAAAAAAAAAAGAAAAAAAGAGACAAAGAGCCGAGAGAAGUCAGUGACAGCAAUUAGAUCCCAUCAGCAGAACUGACAGCAGGUGUGAAUUCAUGUCUGUAUUUUCACCUCAGCUAUACUGCCCAGUGUUUGUGCCCAGCCGAGAUAUGACUGAGGUGAUGAUCAGCAGCACCCCCAUGGAGGACAUGAGGCUCAGCCCCAGCAAGGACAGACUCUCCUUCCAGAUAUUUCCAGACCCCUCAGACUUUGACCGCUGCUGUAAGCUGAAAGAUCGCCUACCAUCCAUCGUGGUCGAGCCGACAGAAGGAGAAGUCGAGAGCGGGGAGCUUCGCUGGCCACCGGAGGAGUUCCUGGUCAGUGAGGAGGAGGAGGAGGAGGAAGAAGAGGAGGAGGAACAGAAUAACGGCAUUAUCCAAAAUGGACAGCCAACACAGAAUUCCCAGCACUAGAGGCUGUGUUGUACCACCCAUACACUUGUUCUGUCUUUUUCCUCUCUGGACUUUCCCUUUCAUACACUGGUUACGCUUCACCUCAGCACUCCAGCGGACUCCACUGAAAGACGCGUUCGGUGUCCCGUGAUGCCACCUCUUUGUCCGUGACACCAAAAAAUCACUCCCGCAAGAGAAGAAGCAAUACACGCGCACACUUUCCCACACUAUAAUUUAUCCUCUUGGAGCCCAUCUAAACUGACGCGAGAAUAUUGGACACCUCUAACCCACGUCUACCACCGCGUUGUGUCUCGGCCCGAACCGGACGUCUCAUUAGACGAGGGCAGCUCAGUACUCCAUGGACAGCUCUAGCUCUGCAGGGGCCCACUGCUGCUCUGUACUUUUCUCCAAAAUGGCUGGCGUCAUGACCCCAGAGACUUCGCAUUUGCAUACGGAACUAUUGUGGUACUCCCCACCCCCCGGAAAUUAUUAUUGUACAGUUGCCCUGUCCAUGUUUGUGUUCAGUUUCUGGAUUGCUAUGUUAAUUGUUGUGAUCACCACCGACGUCUGUGGAUUUGUUUGUUUCCGAGAAGUGAACGUUUCGUGACUUGUUUCUGGUUUCUUUUGGGAAGUGGGUGUUUUGCGGGGGAAAAAAAAAGUUAACUCUCCAAUCACAGGAUUUAUCUAAAUUAUUAAUUAUUCUUUUUUUUUUGUUGUUGAGGUUAUGUUAGGCAUUCAUGUUAUUUUAGUGGAGUGGGAAGAAAAUGGAAGAGGGAAGCGGAGUUAUGCUACGAUGCUCUCGUCACGGCGGCCUCCUUUAGGCACGAGACGCAUGACAAGGCAAAAUGGCGCGACUCUGACAACGAAAUUCGACACAAACGGUUUGGUGUUCAAAGGGGAAAGCUGAGUAAGAAUGGAAAUUUGUACUUUUUUUUUUUUUUUUUUUUAAGCAAUGUACAGGUCCAAUGAAGGAUGUGUAAAUACUUGUUCCCACAGUGAGCCAACCCCUGAGGCCUUGUAGAGCGCUAAUCUUAUUUGUACUAUGGGUUUGGCUAUAACAAGGCAAAGAUUGAGAGUCAUUCUAAACCGAAGGGUAAAUGUCUUGGUCUUCCUGCUCUUACUUUUUUUUAAAAAAGACAUACCUUUUGACACAGUGAAUUUGCUGAUAAUUCAGACAAGGAUGUACGCAAUGAAAAAAGCCGUACUCUUUAUUCACAUUUAAAAAAAAAAAUUAAAAAAAAUGACUUCUGAUGUUUGCCAAAUGCUGUUGUAUUUGUUCUCUGGUAGUGAUGUCUGUCAUCUGCUUGUAUGUAAUAUCAAAAGUGGUUGUUCUCUCUUUUCUUUUUUUCCUUCCUCAAUCAUCACAACCUACUGUUUGUGUAACAAGGCUGUGGAAAAGAUUUGACUUUUUCAUGUACAGUCUACUGUUACUGUUAUAGAAGCAUGAGUGAGAUAUGUCCUUUUUUUUUUGGUUGGUUUUGUAAUUUCUCAUUUUGAGUGGCAUUAGGGCUGUGUACAGAGCAUCUCCUCUCUUUCUCCUGUCUGUCAUCUACAGGUCCCACGUUGUUUUUGUAAAGCUCAGGGAGAUUAGCCACCAUGUUUCUUUGAUUUUUAUUUUAUUUUUUUCCCUUUUCUUUUGUAUUUAGACCACUUUUCUCAGUGAAGGCUGUAAAUAAACAUUUGAAUUUGCUAUCCAA